AUGCCUGCCGGGUCGUUCCUAUUUGCUCAUGGCGCUGAAUACGAAGAAUUCAGCUCACCAGCGCCAGAAUCAAGCGUCUCCGCAGCUGAGAGAUCUCAUUCUACUCCCUUUUCCGCCGCGUCCUCCGCGUCUACGCCACAGCCGCAGCCGAAGAAACGCAAACUACGUGCGCCAGAAACCUGGAAGCACUUCCGUGUGCCUCGAGAAGAGGAAGAGACACAUCAGAACAACCAGAGACUCUGGUAUUGCCAACAUUGUCACCAUCCGCCAUGGCGUACAGUGUCGACGACAAGUGCCAAACGGCAUAUGCGAAGCGACCACGGUAUUGUCCUUAGUGAUGAAGAAAGGCCAGCCAAGAAAGCACUACAACAGUCCCUUGAAGUAGCGUUUGCACGCGUAGAAGAGAAGAAUCGAGAGCUAGCAUCUCGUGACGAACAGUCCAUACUACGGAAUACGAUCCAACUUGACGCAUUCUAUGAGGCUCAGAUCCAGCUUAUCAUACGCCGGCGUCUCCCGCUCAACUGCGUCUCGUGGCCGGAAUACCAAGCACUUCUCUGCGCGGUUAACCCGAGGGCUGAAGAGAUCCUUAUUCACUCAGGCAAUACUGUAUUGGCCCAUAUUGAGCUGUCAUAUGUCAGACAUCGCGAGAACAUCAAGGCUCAGCUACAGGUGGCAAAGUCGCAAGUCCACUUCAGUAUUGAUCUAUGGUCGUCGCCGCAUCGGAAAGCCUUCCUCGGAAUAUGCGCGCAAUGGGUCGAUGAACACUAUAAGCUCCGCGAGGCCCUACUGGGUCUGCCGAACAUACAGCACAGUCACUCGGGCGAGACGAUGUCAAGGCACCUGCUAGACACGAUACGGUAUUUCCAUAUUGCCGGAAACAUUGGUUACUUUACGGCGGAUAACGCUACCUCCAAUGAUACUUGCCUACGUGCUUUAUCAACAUCACUGGCGAACGAAUUUGGCGUUGGAUUUGACCCCAUUGAGCGUCGCGUUCGUUGCGGAGGCCAUAUUAUCAAUCUGUGCCUCCAGGCGUUUCUUUUUGCCUCUAGCAAGGAGGCACUCGUCGCGGCGAUUGAAGAGGCGGAUGACAACAUGGAUGCGACAGUUGUUGAGUCUCUGCAGGCGCAAUUGCAGCAAAAGAACGGCAAGGGCAAAUACCGAAGGGUGCCAGAUGAUCAAGCCGGAUGGCGAUCGAUCGGCCCCCUUGGCAAACUACACAACAUCGCCGUGUUUAUACGGAGUUCGACAGUGCACAGCGACGCAUGGCAGCGCCUGGCAGGCCGUGCACUUGGCAUUGACAAUGCAACAAGAUGGAAUUCAUGGUACAUGCUGCUUCGGACUGCACUCGAGAAGAAAGACAAGCUUAUGGUGUUUCAACAAGAGCAUCAUAAGGCCUUGGGUGAUGAUAGUCUCACGCAGGACGACUGGGAUGUCCUCAGGUUGACGGCGGACUUCCUCCAGCCCUUCUGGCAGGCUACGCCGGCGGAAGAGAAGAGGUGGUCGUCAUUAGAUCAGCUGCUUUACCACAUGGACAUCCUGCUCAAGCAUUUUGAGGAUGCAAAGGUGAAUGUCUGCUCGACUCUUUGA